AUGGUAGCUGCAUUCUUAUUUUUCUUCAAUGCUGCACAUUUUGCAGUUGGAUUGGCAUAUAUACUUUCAGCCAAUCUGAUUGCAAUGGGGAUAUUCACUUACGUAAAAAAUGUAAAUAACCAAGUGACGAAAGCAAUUGAAGACUUCUCAAAUCCAUCAGUUUAUUGUCUUCCUGCUAGAUUUCAACAAUUCAAAUCUAUUGGUUCCGGAUCCAUUACAAGUCCUGGAUUUGUUGGAAUUGGAACUGGUGUUUCUGGUUCUUCGACUCCCUCUUCAAUAUUUCCAUCAGCACUUAUAACAUCAAUAGAUGGCACAGCUAUAUUAACAUAUGAUGAAGACGAUGAACCUCCUUGA